UGUGGAUGUCGCUCGCUCAUUGAUAUAGCGUCUGUUACCACCAGUCAUUUAUCUGCGUUGAAGAUUUACGACACGACCCGACUUUGUUGGUUAAGCUGCUCUUUACCUUAACCCCUUACACGUGUAGCAUCCAUAUGGCUAUCUAAUACGCGGUCGAACAUCAAGAUGGCGACAGCCGCGAAUCGAGUGUCGGGUUCAUUCCUGAGCACUGAUUUGAAAGAAUCAGAUCCAUUCGUUUCGCCGCUCCCCGAUUCGCGACGACACCGCUACUCCGGCUUCGACAACCAAUAUAUGUCCCUGUACUCCACCGGAUCUCCAUCGCAAGCCAAGAAGGCUCUCGAAGCGCACCUUGCCGAAACCGAACGGCGGAUACAAGAAGCGUCGCAGCUCGGCUCCGUGCUUGCGAGCCAAAAAGAUGAGCUGGCAGAUCAGCUCAAGGAGGUCGGCAAAUAUCAAGCGGAAUCCGAAAUUGGGCCGGAUUUGAAGCAGAAGCUCAUUGAGUUGGAACGAGAAUACAACGAGGUUGGAAAAGAAACGGCGAGGGCAUUUAUCCCGCGAUCGCGCGUCCCGAGCAAUGAAUCUGCCACGGAUGGGUCCUCAACGCUCUACUCCGCCGAAGCUCAACAUUCUCCCUCUAAGAUCCACGCUCCACUCUCGCGAAAGCAACGGAACCAGGGCCCAAGUCGAGUAAAUGAUAUCCAGCUUGCGACAGAGAUCAGCAGCUCCUUGUUAAAUCAAGUUCGCGAGCUUCAAGCAGCGUAUGCUGAGAAAGAUGACGCUCUCAAAUCUGCCGUGGGCGAAAGGAGCCAGCUCGAACUUGAACGAGAUAGUCUGCUGCAACGUGUGCGUAAUUUGGACGAAAGCGAGCAGCGGUAUAAGGAUGAGAACUGGAGCCUCGAAACCCAAUUGCACGAGCACAUGGCGGCGCAAAAAGAGGCGGCAGACAAGGAGCAGAAAUUGAACCAAGGUCUGAACAUUGCUAGAUCGGAGCGCACGGCGAUCGAAAGGGAACUCGAGGAACUGAAGCAGGUCAAUGGAAAGCUGUCCGACGAUCUUACUACCACCAAGCGCCAGAAUGAAUCAGAGCUGUCCGGUCUACGACGAAAUGUCGAUCUUGUCGAAUCAGACAGAGGCCUGCUUCAGCGCAAGAUUGACGAGCUCACGUCCCAAAAUCAAGAGCUUGCCAAGGCCAUGGCGUAUCGUCUUCGACAAGACCAAGCUGAGUCAGAGAACCCUGCACUGGAAGAGAAUGAAGAACUCGCCCCUGGCCGAAUCACGCCCGAUCACUCUCCUCCGCCGUCUCCGACGAAGGCAACUCCUAGACAUGGCCACCUGGAGAGCGAAACGCUCAAGAGCUCCCUCAAUCACGCGUACCGCAUGAUCCAGAAUCUCAAGAACAACAUCCACCGGGAGAAGACCGAAAAGAUUGAGCUGAAGCGCAUGCUCCAGGAUGCACGAGACGAGCUUGAGGUCCGCAGGGGCGAUAAUGGCGUCAAUAGCACCGGCAAGAAGCGCAAGCCCGCUGUGGAUGCGUUCAAGAAACCCGCUCGGCCUGAUCGACUUGGACUUCCAAGGGGCACUCGCGAAGAGAUUCUCAUGGAUGACCCUGAUUGGGAAGAGCACGACGGCCAAGAAUCUCCGACCCGACCAGGAAAAUCCAUCGCGAAACAGUCCGCUAGUGAGGACUCCACGGAUCACUUCGAGACCGCGACCGAACACUCCGAAGCCUUCGAGACCGCCAAUGAGCGCGAGGGCACCGAAACGGAGGCAUUCCAGACCGGCGUCGAGACCUUGGACGGCGCUAGCUCCGAUGACCUGACCGAAACCGAGACGACGGGAACUGGACUGGCAGCUUUUACUCGCAAUCGAAAAAUCACUCCGCUCCUGACAACGAAGGCUGGCACCCGUUCCUCAUUCCUCAGCACGGCCUCCACCUCUGGCGACGAAUUCGACGACACGGCUUUGAAGACUCCAGUGCAGAGCCAGCAACGGUAUCGCCUCAAGAUGAACCGACCCAGUCUCCGGAAAUCCCGAGAGAGCUUCGCCACCAUUCGCGAUUCUCCCGCAUACCGCGAUUCUCCUGCCAGCGUUGCAAGUACGCAGAGCGCGCAAAGUCAACCCGGACAGAACCUGCUCGCCGAACUAGGCAACCUAAGCGACGAAGAUAGCGAUGAUCUCGAGCUGGACGACACGCCGAGCCGUUCGGUCCUACGCACCCCAUCCACCGGAUCGCAUGGAACGCAGAGGCGAAAGAUGGUUGAUUCCGCGUCGUCUACAGAGCCGGCAAGAUCUAUCGAGAUGGCGGAUACAGCGAUCAUGACGGAACCCUUGGAGCAAAAGCCGGAGCCCGAACCUGUCAAACUGGAAUUCGUCCCGCUGGUCGCCGUCGACUCGUCCCCUAUUGAGGUGGAGAUCGCGCCGGUGAAGGUACCGCAGUUCACCUCGACGAGUAUCCAAUCGGUCGAUACGAAGCCUAUCGAGCCAGAGGUCAUACCUAUGCAUGUGCCAAAACUCACGUCCACAAUUAUCCGAUCGGUUGACACGGCGCCUAUAGAGCCAGAGGUCAUGGCUGUGUAUGUACCGAAGCUCACCUCGACGACUAUCCAAUCAGUCGACACGACGCCUGUUGAGCCGGAGAUCGCACCUGUGCAUGUGCCGAAGUUCGCGUCCACGGGUCUUCUAUCCGUUGACACGACGCCGAUCGAGCCGGAUGUCGCGCCAGUGGAUGCGCCGAAGCUCAUCGCAACGGCCACCCCACCGGUCGAAACGAAGACUGUUGAGUCCGAGUUUCCGCCUGUGGAAUUACCGAAACUCUCCUCGACACUAAUCCAGUCUGUCGAUACGGAGCCUAUUGAGCCGCAGAUCACACCUGUGGAGGUACCGGCAUUCACCUCGACGACCAUCCAAUCGAUCGACACAAAACCUGUUGAGCCCGUCAUCCCAGCUCCUCCUCCCCAGAAGUUUAGCUUCUCUUUUCUGUCUACUCUCGGUACAUCUCCGAUCGAGUUUCCUGCUCCCCCGAAACCUGUCCUGCCUCCCUUUAGCGUUUCAUCCCUUGUUUCUCAAGGCACCCAUCCCGAGCCAUUCGUGCUGCCUACUCCGCCGAUUGUCCGACCUGUAACUCCGGAGCUACCUCCCCUCUCAUCUGUCUCGGCGAUCUUUUCGCAGGAGGUCGAGCCUGUUGAGCCACCGCGUCCUUCUACUGCCAGGCGGAUAACGACGGUUGAUUCGGCAGUUAACACGGAAGAUAAGCGUCCCGCCGAAGAUAGGGCUAUUGGCGACGGCUUGUCAAAGUCUUCAGGCGGAUUCGUAUCGUUAUUCGGACGUAGCCGUGGUCCUGUUGAUGCAGAACCUCAGAUCAUUGAAGAUGAGACAAGCCAACCCCCGAGGGUGAUAGACGAGAACACGGACCCUGACGAGACGGGCAGUAGCCCGCGGAAUGGACGGAAACCAUUCCAGGCUAUCGACCCUAACGCCGGGCUGGCAGAGCGCGGCUCAAGCAACGAGGCGGUAUCGAAACCAUUGCGCGUGAAGGUCGCUGAUGAAUCGACGCAGACUCAAGUCUCUUCGGCGGAUAUCGACCAAAUGAUGGCGGCGAAGAACAUGGCUAUCAACACAAGUCGUACAUCGCCGAAUAAGGGAGCGCCGUCGCCCACAAUCGCUGUCUUUGGGAACGUGAGUCCCCGGAAAGGACGCGACGCCGGCGAAGGCACGGCGAUUCGAUCCAGCCGCCGACCUGGUAGUGCAGGAAGCGUGCGGAGUCGACAAGCGUCACCACCUCCCCUUCCGUCCGAUCAUAAGGAGGCGAUUGCAGCCGCUGCUCAGCGUGCGUCUACAGUGAAUCCUACCCCGGCUGCUACUCCAGGUCUUAUGGGCCCGCCGAUGAUGCCUGCUUCAGCAUACAAGGUUCCUCAACUGCGGCCGCGAACUCCAAGCAUCGGUCAGCAACCACCAGGGUCAAGAGGCGGAACUACUCCACGACCAGCGGCGCAAAGCAUCCGAAGCGGGGUUUCCUCCCCCGUCACUACUCGACGCUCCUCAGUAUCCUCGUUUGCGUCCGAGCUGGACCAACGGUUCAAUAUCCAACGAACUGCUAUGGGCGUGGCUCAGGACAUGAUGGACGCGCAGACCGAUCCGCGCAUGAUCCAAGCCAUCACGCAGACCAUGAUCGGAGAAUAUCUGUGGAAAUACACCCGUAAGGCCGGCAGUGCGAACAUGUCCGAGAAUCGCCACCGUCGCUUCUUCUGGGUUCAUCCGUACACUCGGACGCUCUACUGGAGCGAGCAGGAUCCCGCGAGCGCAGGACGUACCCAACUCAAAGCCAAGAGCGUCGCGAUCGAGGCGGUCCGCGUAGUGACCGACGACAAUCCGCUGCCCCCGGGUCUGCAUCGCAAGAGCUUAGUUGUGAUCACACCUGGCCGCAGCAUCAAAUUCACCGCUCCAACCAGCCAACGGCACGAGACUUGGUUCAACGCGCUUUCCUAUCUGCUCCUCCGCACAGGCAGCGAGCGCACAGAUGAAGAAGCGAACCUCACCGCCGAAGACGUCGAUGAGUUCAACCCCACCACCUACGGCCGCAGCAGCUCCCGCGCGACCGGCCGAUCGCGCGCCUCGUUAUCCUCGUACAACAGUCGGACGACCAUGACCUCCUCUCCGCAACUCGGAAGCGUCACGCUCAAAGCGCGACAUCCCCCGGGACAGGCCAGCCGCGUGGCGAAGACCCCUUCCUCCUCGAGUCGUUUCAGCACAAUCGGCACCAUGCUGCGCAACCCGGCAUCGCUCCGAGGGUCGUUCUCCAGUAGGCACAGUCGAGCCGCCCUGCCUGAGGAGUCGAUUUACGAUGCCAGCGUGAUGCAUGAUAGCAUGGAGGACCUGCGGCAGGUGAUUGAGAAGCAGGAACGGGACGCUGAUCGGCUGGAGAACGUGCGCGCUUGUUGUGACGGUAAACAUGAUGUCGGCUCCUUGUCUCGGGCGUCGCGCCCCAACAGCUUUGCAAGCCGUGCCAGUCGCCGCUCGGGAUCGAAUCAUGCUCAUCAUCAUCAUUCCCGGUCGGUUCCACCGGCGGUGGAAAAAUCAGCACAAGCAAGCGCUUAAUCGCAGCCGUCAUUUUCUUUUGGUUUUCCCUCUCUUCUGUUUACCAACUUUCGCACGCGGUCGAAUUUGAUCAUCUGGAUUCUGGACCCUCACUUUGGCAGUCGGCGACCAGCGCAUCCGAUGAUUUUCUUUUCUUACCAAAAUCUGUAGCACCGGCCACAGUCGCCGUGCAUCCAUUCG